CUCACAGCUGUAGGUGUUUUUGCAGCCUCGGCUACAGUUAUUGUGGGCGGAGUUUCUGUUUCACGGCACCUUCACUCUAAGCUUCUUCACAGCAUCCUCCGAUGCCCACUGAGUUUUUUUGAAAGAACUCCAAGCGGGAACCUUACCAACCGAUUUGCCAAAGAAAUGGACACAAUUGACAACAUUGUGCCCCAGGUCUUAAUGCUGUUUAUCAUGAUGUUUCUAACUAUAGUGGAGAUUCUGUUAGUCAUUGCCAUAGCCACGCCGCUUGCUGCUAUAGCAUUCAUACCUUUGGGAUUGCUUUACUUCUUCCUGCAGAGAUUUUAUGUAGCUACUUCUCGGCAGCUGAAACGUUUGGAGUCAGUCAGCAAAUCCCCUCUCUACACACAUUUCAAUGAAACGCUACAAGGUGUGAAUGUCGUCAGAGCCUUCAGAGAGCAGGAGCGCUUCAUUCGAGAGAGCAAUUUACGUCUCAACACAAACCAAAGAUUUUAUUACUCCAGCUUUGUUGCCAACAGGUGGCUGAGCAUACGAUGUGAUCUCCUUAGUAAUUUCAUCGUUUUCACAGUAUCAGUAGUUGGGGUCUUGUUCAGAGACAGCAUCACCCCAGGACUUGUUGGCCUUGCAGUAGUAAACUCUUUACGGUUAACAGGUGUCCUAAACGCAGCUGUUCACACCGCGACUGACUUAGAAACAAACUCUGUAGCUGUUGAGAGGGUGAAGGAAUAUUGUGAUGUUGAACCAGAGGCUCCAUGGACAUCAGAUUAUGCUCCAGAACUUGAGAAUUGGCCCAGUGCUGGUAAAAUAGAUUUUCACAAUUACGGUCUUAGAUACAGAAAAGAUCUAGAUUUGUCACUGAAAAAUGUCACUGCCUGUCUGCGCCAGGGGGAAAAGGUUGGAAUAGUUGGAAGAACAGGAGCUGGGAAAUCGUCGCUAACUUUGGGUUUGUUCCGAAUUCUUGAACCCGCAAUGGGAAAAAUUUGCAUUGAUGAUAUUGAUAUUUCAACACUGGGUCUUCAUGAACUGCGAUCAAAAAUAACGAUCAUCCCUCAGGAUCCUGUUUUGUUUUCGGGAUCCCUUCGGAUGAAUCUGGACCCAUUUGAUAAUUAUUCAGAUGAAGAAAUCUGGACUUCUUUGAAAUUGGCUCACUUGAAAAACUUUGCUUCUAGCUUGCCCGGUGGAUUGGAACACAUUUGCUCGGAGGGAGGAGAGAAUUUAAGUGUCGGCCAGCGUCAGUUGGUUUGCUUGGCCCGAGCUCUGCUUCGCAAGACAAGAAUAUUAGUGUUGGAUGAAGCCACAGCUGCUGUGGACCUAGAGACAGAUGACUUCAUCCAGGCAACUAUUAGAAAGGAAUUUGAAGACUGCACUGUUAUAACAAUCGCUCAUCGACUCAACACGAUUAUGGAUUACACAAAGAUUGUGGUGUUUGACAAGGGUGAAAUUGUGGAAUUCGAUACCCCUACAAAUCUGCUUGAAAGAAAAGGACAGUUUUACUCCAUGGCCAAAGAUGCUAAUAUAAUUUAGUGGUGAUUGAAGCAGACUUCAUCGAACAGCUAAUGCUACAAGGCAAUAAUAUGUGUAAAUAAAAAAACAAACCUUUCUGAAUAAUACCAGACAUAGAGCCAAUGGGAUCAAACAACAGAUAUAGCACUCAAUUGUGUUCUGGUCUCAAAUAUCAAGAUGUGUCAAGGAAGAUUAUUCAGGACUGAUCUCACCCCCCCCUACAGAUUUGCUCUUCAGUGAUCACCUCUUCCCUUUUUAAGUGGAAACUAAUUUAAAGGGAUAUUUAAUAUGUUCUUAUAUAUAUAUAUAUAUAUAUAUAUAUAUAUAUAUAUAUAUAUAUAUAUAUAUAUAUAUAUAUAUAUAUAUAUACAUAUAUAUAUAUAUAUAUAUAUAUAUAUAUUAUAAGCACUCCAUUGCAGAUCUGCAUAAAAAAAUAAAUGUUUGCAGUCUAAGAACACACCCUUAGAAAUAAUUUUUGAAUGUGUUUAUUUUAUCCUUUUUGCUCUGAUCAGCUAGGGAGAGCUAUAAAUUAGUUCCAACACUGAUCAAAUAAUUACUGUGUAAAAUGAUGCAAAGUCAGGAUUCAUAAUAAUACAACAAAUACUCUUGCAUCACGGUGUCCGCAGUGUUCAGGUCUUAUUUACAAGUAACUUGCGCAAAAUAAUCACAGCACAAUUAAACAUUUGUGGGAUGAAAUUCUUUUAUGCCAUUAUAACAUUUUACAGUUUUAGUCUAAUUUUGGACUAAUUAAAACCCUACCUAUCAUUGGGACUAUGAAAGGCUAAAUAUCCUUUAGAUUAUAUUUGGAGCUUUUAUUAUGCACAAUGAAACCAUAAAUCUACAAUACAAACAUUACCCUAAGUUUCCUGAUACUUAGAAACAUCUGUGCCGAAAGAUAGUAGAAAAAAACAAAAGUGUAUUAAACCUGCUGUCAUCUCUGUAAAGAUUUGUAAAGAUCUCAAUUAAAGGGACAUGAGUGUUCCAUAUUCCAUGAUUUUUAGAUUGUGGUUUAUAUAUUAGAAUGUAAAUAAUAAUGCAUGAAAAUAUAGUAGGUAAAAAUAGGGAUUCAGACGUGUAAGCAUAUUUUAAUCUUGCAGCACUGGUGCUAUGUGUAAUCAUGCAUGCAGUUUAUAAAUGGACUUGUUCUUGACGAGCCAGUAAUAGUAUUAAUUGCAUUCAUUUCUAUACAAAUGUCCUCUAUUAACUUUUAGGAUGGAUUUGCAAAUCCAGUCUACGAGGCCUCUAACAAGUCAGGAUUUAAGGCUGUGGUAGUUCUAUAGGGUACAAAGUAGCCUAAUAUUUUGCUUUGCACCCAUGUUUUUUUUUUGCAUAGCCCUUAAAGGGACACUGUACCCAAUUUUUUUCUUUCAUGAUUCAGAUAGAGCAUGAAAUUUUAAGCAACUUUCUAAUUUACUCCAAUUAUCAAAUUUUCUUUAUUCUCUUGGUAUCUUUAUUUGAAAUGCAAGAAUGUAAGUUUAGAUGCCGGCCCAUUUUUGGUGAACAACCUGGGUUGUCCUUGCUGAUUGGUGGAUAAAUUCAUCCACCAAUAAAAAACUGCUGUCCAGAGUGCUGAACCAAGAAAAAAAGCUUAGGUGCCUUCUUUUUUAAAUAAAGAUAGCAAGAGAAUGUAGAAAAAUUGAUAAUAGGAGUAAAUUAGAAAGUUGCUUAAAAUUGCAUGCUCUUUCUAAAUCACGAAAGAAAAAAUUUGGGUUCAGUGUCCGUUUAAUAGCUCAUUUUGGACAUGCCUUCUGCAACAUAAUUCAUUUACUAUGAGGCCUUUGAUUGGCUGCAAUGGCAAAGCCUAUUUGUAAACACUUUACAAGGCCGAGAAAAGAGACAAAAGCAGCCAUUAGGGAGUGACAGAAAAUAAACUGAGAUCAUUAAUACACAAACACAAAAAUCCUCUCAGCUAAGUAAAUUUUAUUUUAUUUUUUUAUAUUUUCAGGAAACCUGACAUGUGAAAAUACAUGCUAAAAUAUUGACCUCUCACUACUGUUGUUUUUUAUUGUUUCCUAAUUAAAUUAAUAUAUUAUUAUUUUUAAUGUAUUUUGUUUCCAACUAGAGUGUUUGACUAGAUACAAAAUAUAAAAUAUUUACUUAGGAUUUUUUUUUAAUAUAACAAAUACUAAAUAUACAGUGCAUUGUAGCUGCAGACACUAGUUUGUUGUAUAUAAAGUGUGAGAUGAGACAGUUAGUAAUAUAAUAUAAGCAUGUGUCAAAAUUAGAAACAGUUUUUACAUAUUUUAAGUUCCCAAAAAAUCUUAUAAAACAUUUUAAGCAGAAAAUUAAGAGGCAUGAAACACAAAAUGUUUGUUUUAUGAUUCAGAUAGAGCAUACAAUUUUAAACUUUACAAUUCACUUCUGUUAUUAAAUUUGCUUCAUUAUCUUGGUAUCCUUUGAUGAAGGAGCAGCACUGCACUACUGGGAGCUAGCUGAACACAUCAGGUGAGCAAAUGACAAAAGGCAGCCAUCAAUAAACAGCUAGCUCCCAGUAGGGUAUUGCUGCAGCUGCUACAUACAUAUUGUUUCUAAUGCCAAAAGAAGAAAGUAAAUUUGAUAACAGAAAUUAAAGUGUCUUAAUAUUAUAUGUGCUAUCUGAAUCGUACAUGUUUAAUGUUGACUUUCCUGUCUUUAUAAGUGCUCUUAUGUAUUUUUUUCUGUAAAAUGUGUGUUGCAUACACACUUAAGUGAUACUGUACUGUUUAAAGGGACAGUCUAGGCCAAAAUAAACUUUCAUGAUUCAGAUAGAGCAUGUAAUUUUAAACAAUUUUCCAAUUUACUUUUAUCACCAAUUUUGCUUUGUUCUCUUGGUAUUCUUAGUUGAAUCUUAACCUAGGAGGUUCAUAUGCUAAUUUCUUAGACCUUGAAGCCCAACUCUUUCAGAUUGCAUUUUAACAGUUUUUCACCACUAGAGGGUGUUAGUUCACGUAUUUCAUAUAGAUAACACUGUACUCGUGCACGAGAAGUUAUCUGGGAGCAGGCACUGAUUGGCUAGACUGCAAGUCUGUCAAAAGAACUGAAAAAGGGGCAGUUUGCAGAGGCUUAGAUACAAGAUAAUCACAGAGGUUAAAAGUAUAUUAUUAUAACUGUGUUAGUUAUGCAAAACUGGGAAAUGGGUAAUAAAGGGAUUAUCUAUAUUUUAAAACAAUAAAAAUUCUGGUGUAGACUGUCCCUUUAAUGUGUUUCCAAUGAUUUGUUAUAUCAGCUGUAGAGUAUAAAAUGUAAGGAGAUCACUCUUUUUGGUUUAUUUUAUAUAUGAAAUAUCUGCUUUUGCUUAUUGAAAUCACAAUCCAUUCAAAUGGUUUAAGCUUGCAGGAAGAGCAGCCCUCCUUAUCCUAUCUCUUGCUAUAUACACAAAGGCACCCAUCUUAUCUUUCUCUCUGUCUACAAAGGCUAAUAUGUAGAGCGAUUGAAAAAUGAACAUUUUAGUACUCAUAGCUGCAUAUUGUUUGCAUAGCUUUUCUACAGAUGAUACUACAAUAUACAUUUGUUCAGUAUAGGUGGUAGUUUAACUGGCAAAAGCAGCUAUUUCAAAUGACUAAGUCAAGUAGAGGAGCUGUUUGUACACAAUAUAAUACACAGAUAAAAUGGAUCAUUAGGAACACAUUAAUAAAAUAAAAAAUUACAGUGCUACGUCCCCCAAAAAAUUAAUUUCAUCAAUCAGAUAAAAUAUACAAUUUGAAACAAAUUCCCAAUGUACUUCUGUUAUCAAAUUUGCUUCAUUCUCUAGCAAUGCAGUACUGGGAGCUAAACACAUUGGGUGAGCCAAUGACAAGGGGCAUAUAUUUGCAGUCGCCAAUCAGCAGCUACCUCCCAGUAGGAAUUGCUGCUUCUUAGCUUACCUAGGUAGGCUUUUCAUUAAAGAAUACUAAGGGAACAAAGCAACUUAGAUAAUAGAAAUAUAAAAGAAAGUUGUUUAAAAUUGCAUGCUCUAUUUGAAUCAUUUUUGGGUUUCAUGUCCCUUUAAGACACAACAGUGCAUUAAAACACAUAGUUUGCCCUUCCCACCGGUGCUCUGUCUUUGUGGGUUAACAUGAUAGAUUGUUGUGUUUAUGCAAAUAUGUAUAUUACACACGGGAGGUAGGAAUGUAAAUUGUACGAUUCUAUUUUUUGCCUUAAUGAAUUAUAAAAAACGACAGAAGUGCACUCUGUUUAUGUAUAAAACAUUACAAAUAAGGCUACACUGUGUACCAAAGUAUUUAUGUUAUAAUAAACAUCAGCAGGUUAUAUUUUCUGAUUUACAUAGAAAUCUGUAUACACAGUAAAUACAUUUUGAUAUAUUUUUUACUACAGUGUUUUUGUUUUCUAAGAAUUUCUGAUUACUAAAUAUUUUAUGCAAUACAUAGAUCUCUUUGUGACUGGGAAACAAAUUAAAUGCAAUGUAUUAUUGUGAUAACUCAGGAAUAUUGUAUUACAUACUAAUAAAUAUCUGUCAUAAUGGUUUAAAAGCAACAUGGUCACUGAAUAUUCUGUCUUGCUUAAAAAUCGAUUUGUUUAAACCUGUUUUCUUAAUAUCCUGAGUUACUAGUGUGCCUUUUUAUGUUUGGUUUAUAUACUGUAUAUAUAUAUAUAUAUAUAUAUAUAUAUAUAUAUAUAUAUAUAUAUAUAUAUAUUGCAAAAAGAAAAGCAUAGACAAAAAAUGCAAUUAAACCCUGUGAGAUUUUGUUUAAAGAUAUCACACAUGAUAUUGAUGACAUCAGCUCUGACAGCAUGCAUGACAUCAUCUACAACAUAACGAUAUCACAUAUGACAUAUAUAAGUGUGUCCUAUCUUCAGUAGUAGAAGCUUCUAAACUGCCUUGGGUUGGUUUUGCAGCACUAUUGUAGUAUGCAGACUUUUGGAUUUUUAAAGAGAAAACAACACUUUACUAAACCACAACGGAGUAACAUAUAGCCUUAUUUUAGAGUCUCCAGAAAGCUCACUUUUUUGAGCUUUGGAUAUCAUUGAACAAUAUAAGGUGCUGUUAAUUAAAAGAGAAUAUUGUAAAAUUAAAAUGUAAUGAUUUUUUUUUUAACUGGUAAUACGACAGCAUUUUCUGCUUUACCAAAGCAAAUGUUAUAUUAACUUGACCUUUUUAAACAUACUGUAUUACCUUAUGCAGUGUUCAUUCCUGCCUUAUAUUCACAGUUUAAGUACAAUAAAAAAGUGCCUUUUAUGAGAAAGAUCAGGGGUUAAAAAGCUAUUUAAAGGGACACUGAAGACAAUUUUUUUCUUUCUUGGUUCAUAUAGAACAUGUAAUUUUAAGCAACUUUCUAAUUACUUCUAUUAUCAAAUUUUCUUCGUUCUCUAGCUAUCUUUAUUUGAAAAAGAAGGCAUCUAAGCUAAGGAGCCAGCCAAUUGUUGGUUCAGACCAUGGACAGCACUUGUUUAUUGGUGCUGUCCAAUCAGCAAGGACAUCCCAGGUUGUUCACCAAAAAUGGUCCGGAAUCUAAACUUACAUUCUUGCUCAAAUAAAGAUACUAAGAGAAUGAAGAAAAUUUAAUAGUAGGAUUAGAUUAGAAAGUUGCUUAAAAUUGCAUGCUCUAUCUGAAUGACGAAAAACAUUUUUUUUAGGUUCAGUGUUCCUUUAAAUCUAAAGUGACACAAACAGGAAGGUCAUAUAUGUAUACUGCCAAUAUCUAGGUAUGUGUUGCUUAGUAACUAUAAGUUACCAUUCCUACUGAUAAAGUAGGCUCAUUCGGCACAGGGAGAUCUAUUAAAAAAAUUAAUAAUCAAUAGUAAUAAUCAAUAAUUAAUUUUGAAAUGAUUAGUUGUAGAUAAAAGUGAAAAUAUUUAUACAAUGUCCUUUUAAAAACAAUGAAAUAUAUUCUAGUCCUGUGUUGUUAAUAUAUUUUACUACACUUAUGCUUUGCAGAAUUUAUAGUGACCACAAUGUUUUAACCAGUCUACCUCAAAAUUCAAUAAUCCAAUGUUUUUUUUUGUCUUUUUUUAAUAUUAGUAGGGAAAAAUAUAAAUUUAUAGUGUCAUUGUAUCUUGUUACAAUAUACCUCAUGAAAAUGUUGAAAAUCAAAUGCAAUAUGCUUUAAUAAACACUGAUGAAAACAUUUAGAGCCAGAUUAUGGUUUGCAAUAAGCAAUAUAGCUCCCGUGCUAACUUGUGUGCCUAUUACAAGUUGAAAGUAAACGCGUUUGCUUGAGCAUAAACUAAAUUUGCACUUGUCAGUUUAGCGAGAGUGGAGACCUAGCAUAAAGAGUAAGAGUUAAAAAGUGCACCAAACACAACAUAAAUACAUUAUGUUACACUCAUAUAUACACUAUCUGAUAAAUUAUUAUUUGUAUAAAUAUUAAUACAUUUUUUAUAUAAGGAUUUUAAAGCUAUAUGGCAAGGUGUUUGAAUGGACAGGGCUAUAAUUAUAUAUAUAUAUAUAUAUAUAUAUAUAUAUAUAUAUAUCUAAAUAUAUGCAUGCCGAAUGCCGAAGUAAGCAGCGGCUAGUGCCCUUUGGAUAUUUUGCACCUGGAUUAAUUCCUGUAAAAGAUCCCCACACUAAGAUCUAGAUUUGCAGAGAUCUUAGUGCGGGGAUCUUUUAGAGGAAUAUCGCUACGAAAACAUACCGAAGGGCACAAGCUGCUGCUUACUUCCGCAUUCGGAUCCUCACAAAAUAUCAGUAUGCACAUCUCUAAUCUAUGGGGGCGAUUUAUUAACUGACUGACGGACAUGAUCCGCUGUAGCGAUCAUGUCCGCCAGACAUUGAUAAAUACCGACAGCAUACGCAUUGUGCAGUGUCGCCCCCUGCAGAUUCGCGGCCAAUCAAGGGGUGUCAAUCAACCGCUAGCAAGGGGUGUCAACCCGAUCGUAUGAGAUCGGGUGGAUUGAUGUCCGCAGCCUCAGAGGAGGCGUACGAGUUAAGGAGCAGCAGUCUUAAGACCGCUGCUUCUUAACUCCUGUUUCUGGCGAGCCUGAGGGCUUAUGCGGAAACGGGUAUAUGGCCCCAUUUAGGCCGUGAUAAAUCACCCCCUAUGUCUGUAUAUAUUCAUAUAGAUAUAAAGGUAAAGCUAUAUAUUUUAAAAAACAAUAAUUAUAUAAAUAUAUAUUUAAAAAUUAAAAGAAUAUUUUCUUCUGUGUGAAAUAUUUGGAUUUAGCGCUAUAGGUCUAACAUGGCAUUGGGUUAGCACUCAAGUCUAUGGAGAGCUGAAGUUAAAGAAGCUGCGAUAUUCCAAGUCCUAAAGUUAAGAGGCAUCAGAUUUCGCUUGCACGCAAAAAUGUACUUUUAACUUGUAAUACGCAUGCUAACCCGCCCACUUUAAAAGUUUGCUUCCAGUGUUGUUAGCGCGAGAGCAAAACCGCUAUAUAGCACGCCACUUGUAAUCUGGCCCUCAAUCAGUAAUUUGUUGAAUGUAGUGCAAGUGAUACAAUAUCUGCUUUACUAUAAACAGCUGUAAACUGCCUGUGUCUACUUAAGAAGACUGCAAUGCCUUACUAUGCUAGUUAUAGCCCUUCCUGGCUGCUGUGUAAUUAGUCAAUUGCAGCUUUAUGGUUUAAUGUGUAUGGUUACAAUGCUUAUCUACAGUACUGUUAUGCAGAUUGGCUAGUCUUAGACUCGCCUGUCCACUGAUAUGUUCUGUGUUGUCUCCUAACAAUGUGAUGUAAUUAUAGUUUAAUAAAUACUGAAGGAAUAA